GUCUUAAUUGGCAUUCAGGAAGGGAGGAGUGUAAUCUUCUAUAUAUGUAUUUAAUUUUUUGUCAUUUUUUUUCGGGGAUCGGCCGACUAUAUCCUUCAGCUACCUUAUAUCUACGAUUGGAUAUGGAAAUGGAAAUUGGAAGUUUGAUAUUUUUGAAGAUAAAAACUAAGAUAUUUUGUCUAAUGUUGUUUUCUAAGAAAUUUGUCUACUAUUGAAAUUCUCAUAAGGAUCAGCCAACUGUAUCUGAUAUUUGCGACAUAUAUCCGAUCUUAACAGCAACGGACCCGUGCCAAGGGAGCGAAGUAGCGUGCCCUCUACAAAUUUCAAAGAUACUCAGCGGUUAAAAACAAAACAACGCCUUCAAUAAAUGUCAAAUUAAGGGCGUUUUGAUACAGUUUCUCUCAAAAGUACCCAGUAGGAAAUGGAUUGAUCCGCUUCAACCUCGCCUGUCAUGCGAAGCACAUGGAGUGGAAAAUUUCCGCACUGGAUAAGAAUACCAAAAAGAUAAAAGAUAAGCCCUAAAUCACACCGCAGACAUCUAAUGGCUGCUGGGCUUAUGUAGUAACAAUGAUAUUUUUUCUAUAAAGGCACUGGUGCUCUGGUAACUGUUUCUCCGGAGAGCAAUACUAUCGCAUUGUAGCUCAUUAUCUUUUCAGAAAUCACUAACACCCAUCAGUGGCACGGAGCACCCCACAAUUGGGCCACUCAUCUGGGGUUCACCUCUGCGUUAUCGCAAAAUAUUAAACCGGUUGCGCAGUUUUAGAGCUGUUCAAUUGCCCGCACGUCGAGCUCUGUUGUGGUCACUACCUCGUUAGCUACCAAGCACUUAAUCAGCUGAAAUCUGUAGGAAAAAGUGAACAUGUCUCUGAAAAAGGAAAAAAUUGGCAUUGUUGGCAGCGGGCUUAUUGGCCGCUCCUGGUCCAUGUUGUUCGCCUCUGUGGGGUAUCAAGUGGUUUUGUAUGACAUCCUGCCUGAGCAGGUGUCCACUGCCUUGUGCCUCACAGAGAAAGAGCUGCAGAACCUGGAGUCAAAGGGUCUGCUCCGUGGCAAACUGACCGCCGCACAACAGUUCUCCUGUAUUUCGGGAACAAAUGACCUCAAGGAGCUGGCUAAGGGUACCAUUUUCAUUCAGGAGUGUAUUCCCGAGCGUCUGGACUUAAAAAAGGCGCUUUACAAACAGCUCGACGAAGUGGUUGGUCCCAAUACCAUCCUAUCCAGUUCCACUAGCACCUUCCUUCCCUCUCUCUUUAGCGCAGACUUGAAAAACAAGGCCAACGUUUUGGUGUCGCAUCCCGUCAACCCACCCUACUAUGUGCCGCUUGUUGAAAUUGUACCAGCUCCCUGGACCAAACCGGAAUGGGUACAAAAAACCCGAGCCAUUAUGAACGAAAUCGGUCAGAAGCCAGUCACAUUAUCGCGUGAGAUCGAGGGAUUUGCCUUGAACCGCAUUCAAUAUGCAAUCCUUAAUGAGACAUGGCGCCUUGUCGAGGCUGGCAUCCUAAACGUCAAGGAUAUUGAUAGUGUGAUGAGCGACGGUCUGGGAAUGCGCUACGCCUUCUUGGGCCCAUUGGAAACAGCCCACCUGAACGCCGAGGGUAUGGCAAACUAUUUUGAACGCUAUUCCAAGACCAUUUAUGCAGUAAGCGAGACCAUGGGGCCUACGCCCAAAAUGGAGGGUUCUGUAGCAGUUGAUGUUGCCAAACAGUUGGGGGAAAUGGUGCCUUUGGAUCAGUUGGUCGCUCGCCGCAAUUACAGAGACAACUGUCUCACCCAACUUAGCAUUCUUAAGAGCCAACUCAAUAAGAUACAGUAGACAAAUUUUUUUUGUAUCUUAUGAUUGCCUUUUUAUUUGAGUUAUCACGGUGAGAUGUACGUUUAAAAUAUGAAUUGCAAUGAAUUAAAAUAAAACUGAAUCAUAUAAAUAAAACGAAGCCACAAAGAAAACCAUAA